CCUCCUGCUAACAGCACUUCGUAUCGACACCAUGUCGUCUCAAGGUGGCAGCGGGUCAUUCUUCGUCAACUCCACGCUCGUCAAUGCUACGGUCGCUCCAACGCCCAGUCCGGAAGAAGUUGCAGCCAAGCAGGCGAUGAUGGCGUAUCUGCUGUCUCGCUUCCACACGUUGCAGCUCUUCCUAUUACUGGGUUAUGGCAUCAUGUGUUUUCUUUGUAUCAUCCUGGUGAUCUACUUGCGAUUCAACCGGAAUGAAGCUUUACGCGGUGAUACCACCGCUGCACGGAAAAUCAUCUUGCCAGCGUAUGAACCACUUCUAUGGGUGCUCGGAUGCACCACGGGGAUCUACACGGGUUUCUUCUGUUCGGCGUUGGCCACGGACCUUUACACCUACGAAAUCUCCAAGCUUGCGACGGAGGUCUUCUACUCGGGCCGUCAAUUCGUCUUCCUUAGCGUUAUAGUGUUCAUGCUCCAGAAGAGUGUAUCAGGUCCAGCACUUCGACGUACGUUGAUGAUCACACUGGCACUGUCAACCUACACCAUUCCUCUCGUCUGGGCCAUUACAAACUACUUCCCAGCCUUCGAUUUAUACGCUCCACUGACAGCUGCACGCGCACUGCUAUUGUUGCUGUACUCGUACGUGCUUAUUCGUCCACCAGUUCGAGCCAGCAAGCGUACAUUGCGAGAGUACUGUGUGUUCGCGUACAUCUACUACGCACUUCUAUUCGCGUACAACGAAUGCUUUCGACAAGGACAUUUGGAGACAGGUUUCUAUCUCACGUACUCGAAUCUACUGUGCGGUUCGCUCUGUCCGCUGGUUAUCUGGCGCGUAUUGCGUGCAGAUACCGAGCACUGGAGAGGUAUGGGUCAGCGCGCUGUAGCUCUGCAGCGAUUGUUUUGCCAAACUCGUGGAAUGCCGGAGCGUGUGUCCUCCAAGGGACUCCACAUUCUGAUUGAAAUGCAUCGCAAGUUUAUCAUCGACUUCGCCUAUCUGGAAUUGCAACAGCGUAUCGGGGUUGGAGCUAGUGCUGUCGUCUUCAAGGGGGUACUACGUUCAUCAACCGACGUCGCGGUUAAAGUGUACACUCCUACCGAUUUCACGGAAGACACUGUCGCCGCAUUCUCGCAUGAAGCAGCACUUUGUGGCGCACUAAAUCACCCGAACAUCGUUGCUUUCCAUGGCAUGUGCGUGUGCCCGCCCACCAUUUGCCUUGUCAACGAGCUUUGCGUUGGGAGUCUGGAAGAUGUCACGGUUGCAGCAGCAAGACGACGAUCAAGAGUGAGCGAGCAUGAUCACAACCGCCAGCAAUUGCUACUCAAUGUCGCCUUCAUGUUGGACGCAGCACGAGCCGUUGCUUACUUGCACAGCUUCCGUCCACCAUUCCUACACCGUGACAUCAAACCGACCAACUUCCUUGUGGAUGCGAACUGCAGCGUCAAACUCACUGACUUUGGUGAGUCUCGCUCUCUUCCUCGAGCACAGGUCAUCAGCAAUGGCUUUGUGAGUGCUCCAGUUACUACACACCGGAGCAGUUUGAGCGGAUACGGUGGAGAAAAAGUCUCCACCGUAGCAAUGCUGUCCAGUGAGGACUCGAGUGCAAAGGUUCCAGCAGAGCGUGCCAGCAUCGAAAUUGCAGUUGUCGGAGCUGCUAACCUGCAGCAACUUCGAGGAUCAUUCGUGUUGAACGGAGUAGACGCCGUAAAAACCACCACAAAUGACAGCAGCGACGCUAACGCGAUCCGUAUGACAGUCAAGGGUACAGUCGACUACAUGGCUCCUGAAGUUAUCAACGGACGAGCAGGACUUGCAGCGUAUGGUGAAGCAGCCGAUGUGUACUCGUUGGGUAUCACCAUGUGGGACGUACUAAAUCCUGGACAAGAGAAAUUUCCUGGUACCGGCAACAAUCAUUUCCGCAUAUUUGAUCACGUGCUCGAAGGCCAGCGUCCCGAGCUGGAUCUCCGACUAAACCCUAGCAUUCGUGCUAUCAUCGAGAGCUGCUGGCAACAUGAUCCAAGACUCCGUCCUUCAGCGCACUGUGUGGUGAGUGCGCUUGAAAGUAUUCAGGAGGAACUCAGUGCCGCUUUUGCGCUUGAGUUGGCAGACGAACUAGAAGAUGCCAUGCGUCAGGCUAAACCUAUCGAUUCUUCGAGUGCUCCACUGGCUGCUCUGCAAGGGUUCUCUGGCGAAGAAGCCAUUUCCCACAUGUGUGAGCUUCAGUACGUCGACUCAACCAGUGAAGCUGUGCGUCUAGGCAACGCUCUCAUGGAUUCCGGACUGCUGCAUCACUGUAAACAUGCACGUCCAUUCGAAGAAUCAGAGGAAGUGUAUUUCUUCGAUGAUGACAACAUCAAUCUCUGCCAGCCACUUGUUGUUGGGGCUUAUACGCAAGAUCACACUUUGAAACCUGACGCAGAGAGCGCCACGGUGAUCAGCUCGCCAUCUCGCCCUUCGCGUCGCACGUCGCAUCGCUCAGGCUCUUCGAACCCCUACAACAGUUCUCGAGUUCGGAGUGACAGCUCUCAAUCCCAAUCUGACCGAACGCUGCUGGAAAAUGGAGUCUGCGCCUGCCGGAAGUUGGGGCAGCGCCUCAAACUGCCCAGGACAUCCAAAUCGCGGCACCGAUUCCGCCGAAAAGGAAAAGGGAAGAGCGACAAGAAAGCGCCGGCCAUGGUAGCUGGCGAUGCAGCGGAGCAACUGCACACGAGACUCCUCCUUGAGUCCCCGCAUGACUUACACGAGUUCGAUGGCUUCGAUGAGAGCCCGUCCCCAGCAUAGCAAAUUGGUUUUUGUUUAUUUCAAUUAUCUCACUUUUUGGUAAAAGCAUGCCUUUUAUUACCGUCUCAACAUGUUUCAAAUUGUCAGGAACACAACUGUUACUGUUUUUGUUUUACCAAAUAAAUGAUUAAAAUAUAAUA